GCGCGGUUCAUUCAGUUAAUCGCAACCCAAAAGCACGAGUACUCUUGUACCACUCGCACCUGUGGUAUUUCUCGCGCUAGCCGCAUCUACCUGCAUUCCAAGGGCCCAAAUCACUGUCUUUGCGGCCUACACUGGCUGCACCUCAGUUAGGAAAUUUAAGAUAUUUGUGUUCUCGGCCUCGACAAUCCAUGCAGUUUCAUCAGUGCUCUUGCGGUACGCCAAGAAAACCAUCGAAAUGAUCUCCAAGGAAGUGCUAGUGACCAUUACCAUUUUUCUGGUGGCUCUGAUGAAUCAGCUGACCACAUUGGAAGCGUCCUGCUAUUUCCCGCAGGAAUUUCAAGGGGAAUUUCAAAUGCAGAGCUCUGCGAGCAUUGCCAAUGGCGUAGAGUACAACACGCUCAACAUCACUGAAAAUUCAAUACCAAUUUGGGGGAAUUGUCACAGAAGGAUCGGCAAUAAUUUCAUUCUCAUGUUCAAUUACAGUGAAACUAGCUGCAUCAGAUGCUUGCACCUGAAACUGAGAUCGCCCAACGUAUUGCAGGUUUUCGCGUCGAGCCAAGAAACGAUAUCCAAAUGCUUCACCAACGAAGAAUCAGCGGAAGCGAACUGUCCUUCCGAGGAAUCCUUGUUAGCGCGAGAAGCGGCGGAAAUAUUAUUAUUCAAGACAAGCGGUUCCUACACCCUGAAACAGUACUGCCCGAUCGAUGGCAAAUACUACCUCAACUACAAGGGUCCCACCACUGACCAACCAAACGAAUGCGUAGGCUUCAAUUCGACUCUAGACUUAUGCCCUUCAGGGUCUACCUUGAAUUUCAGAUUGCGUAGCUGUACGUUCCAGACGACUGAUAAUUACUUUAUAGACGUGAAGUUCGACUGUUUAGGGCAUUGGAAAGGACCCAAUGGGGACACUUUUCUUUUAUUCACGGAUAGCAGACACGUAAACAUGCAAAAACCGAAAUAUAGAUGUGCGUUGUACAAACAAGACCACGUGGGAAAAAUAGAAAUAGCUCUAAGCAGCGACUCCACGUGUACGUCGGAUUUGCACAAUUCGACCAGCGGUUUCGAGACCUUUGUUUUGGUGCCGAAAGCAGAGGAACCUUGGCCUGCCGAGGUGUCAUUUGGCACGUGUAAUUUUCCUAAAUGGUUGCACGGCGAUUGGGAACACAUGAGGGUCGAUGGCGAUACUAUUAUUUACAAAGAUCAUUCUUCUUUCAAGACGUACACUAUUAAAUGUGUUGGAGAUAUGGAAGAUAGCGACAAAUUCGUCAUCUUUAGUAGGAGUCAGUGCAACGAAGAAUCUUACAACUGCAUGAGGAUAGCUAACAGAAGUAGAAAUAUAAUAGAAUUCCAACUAGGAACAAACACUAGCGAUAUUAAAGAUGUAUUCAGUCAAUGCGCUGACAGCAACUUUAAGAAAGAUUCAUGGAUUACCCAAGGGCGGAUCGAAAUAUCCCCAGGUACUUCCCCUGGCAUGUGUCCCAUAACAGGUGAAUACACAGGGCAAAUUCCGGAUGCUACGAUCCUAUGUGCCAAGCUGUGGUCCGAUUGUAGGGCCCCUGAACUGAUGUACUACCAAGUCUCCCAUUGCGAGUCUCAAGAAGUAUACGAAGAAAGAGAAUACCAAUGUUUGGGCCACUGGCGCGAGGCUAAUUUGUUGUAUACCUACACCCAACGAAGAGAUGUAGCUGCAGGUACUUACGAGUGUUUUGUCGGAUCCAUCUUCACCGACGAAGAGAUUUACAUAAAGGAAGCCGGAGAACAUUGCCAAAGAAACGUGGAUCCGCUUCGGCAUGGCAUGAAGCUUAUCAAGAAACAACCGUUAUAUUCUUGUAUAGAAAGAAGUACCACACCUAAACACAUCACAAGAAUAUCCACUGAAAGAUCGAUACCAAAGUAUACAUCCACUUUUACUCCGAGACGUACCACGUCAGGCCAAAACAUGGAUACAGAUUCUAAACCAGGCGACAAAAGUACAGGGCUGAGUGCAAUUUCUUAUCCAGUUAUCACCGUGUAUAUAUUAUCGUAUUUAUUUAUUAGAUAUUUGUAAUUUCAAAGACUUAUAUUUUAUUUAUUUAAAUGAAGCUGGUCUUGCCAGGUUCGAAAGAACUGUUUUAUCUUUCAGUUAUCUGUUAUUAAACACAUUACAUGCAAUAUAUUCUUGUAGGAUUCUAUAGCUUCCCAAGUAACCUUAAGUUGUUAAAUUUUCUUUAUCAGGUAUUUAGAAGCUAUAGGAUUCAGAUCGAAAUAAGACGAACGACUGAUUUUCACUUUCUUAGGAACUUCGAUUCAUUAGAAUAAUUUUCUACUUUUAUAAAUAUUUCUUUGAUAUUUACAGUAGAUGACAGAAAUUAUAUUUUAUAUUGUUAUUAACAAGCUAAUAUGGAGCUCAUAAAUAAGUACGAAUUAAUUUUAUAUGUUAAUGUUAUCUCAUUUUUGUCACAAUUUAAACAAAGCACUUUACAUACAACCCCUUAAAAUAUGAAAUUGAUUAAUUUACUUUUUUUGUAUGCCAAAAUUGUAUAUUAUCUGUCUCAAUUUUUAUUGUAUACAGAAUGUUAUUAUAAGUAGAUUGUAUAUUUUUACGUGUGUCUAAAUGUUUGUGAGUUUAUCAAGGAGCCUUUUCUCUAAAAACGUGUGUGAAUGUGAUGUAUUUUUUGCUCAAGGUGUCUACUAAGAGCAUUUGCCUUAAUAGUGAUGUAAAUUCUAUUGUGAUUGUAAAUUUAUUUAUAUUUAAAAUAUAUGUACUUAAUUUAUUA